CUUCACGCCACGAUACAAGCCCUCUUCACAGACUUCGUAUCUAGAUCUCUAGCGCCACUGCGUUACGGAGGGCAUGGAUGUGUUGAAAACCACUCUCUGCGCGAAGUGCGACAACACGUUGUCCUGCUCCUAUCCACCACCGCCAGAUCUCGAUCUGUUGCGCGAAGGCCAUGUCCCCUCUCCAGUCGAAAAUGCUGCUAUCGACAAUGAUAUAGCAAUUCUAGACGACUCUCUAGCAGUCAUCGACGCUGAAAUUGCGACCAUCGACACCCGUCUUGCGAUCCUCCAGCGCCAUCGCGCGCAGCUCGUCGAAAGCAAGCUCCGGAGGCAGGCCCUAGUUGCGCCCAUCAGGCGUCUUCCAUCAGAGCUGCUUGAGCUCGUCAUCCGCGCUGCCUUACCGCCAAAAUGGGCGACGGCCAGCAGCGGUACGACGCGUUUUCCGCUCCUGGAGACCUGCUCUCGGAUCUGGCGUACAGCGCUCGCAAUGCCUGACAUAUGGUGCAAGAUAACCACAACGGAACUGCAGAUUGAUGAACGCUUCUAUGCGAUCGCACAGCGGUAUAUGGAUCGCGCCGCGAGUCGUCCUGUGGACGUCUUGGACCUCUCACCGCACUUCCGGCAGGAUAGCGCAUUCGACCAGUGGAUGAUCGCCCACAUGGGUCGUCUGCGGAACAUUAAAUGGGCCAUCGACACCCGUGCCCUACCCGUGUCGCGCGUAUCUGCGCCUUCUCUGAAGAGCGCGAUCCUUUACGCCGAUUGGCACAGGGAUGCCACCUUCUAUCCGGAUCCCAUUCUCACCUUCGUCGACGCCCCUCGCCUAUCCACGAUCACUAUACGCAACUGCGUUUCCCCAUCAAUCUUUGAUCUUCCUUGGACGCAACUUCAGAGCUUAACCAUCGAGAGCGCUACGCUAAGCCCUAAUGAUCUGCGUACACUGCUGUCUUGCGUGUCCCUUACGGAGCUCGAUGUCUGUGUCUCCAAGCGAUUUGCGGCAGGGCACGACAAUGCUUCGACUCAUCCUCCCGUGGUCACGAUGAAUGCUUUGCGCGUUCUCAAGCUUAGCGGUUGCGGCCAUCUCUUCAGUGCACUCAUUAACGCUCCAAACCUGCAUGAGCUCUUCAUGUGGGUACUUCCCUUCCGCUUAGCUGAUGCCUCGGACCUCUUUGCGCAGUUUGCAACGUCCGUGCGCACGAUGCUCGAGCGAAGUGUACCUCCUCUGUGCUCUCUCACUAUGCAUGGCUUUCCGUCCUGCAUAGAAGACGGCGAACUUGAUAACAUCCUCUCUAUCUUGCACCUGGUACCUCAGCUCAAGCGCCUGAAGCUAGGGUACAGCCGCAUGGACAUAGGCAGCAUACCGCUACUCCGGAAGCUGACUUUCCGCCAAGACCAGCCCCUCCUCCUCCCUGAGCUGGAGCACAUCGCUCUCGAGUACAGCCGCACAAAUUUACAGCCUUACCCUGGGUGUGUGGAUGUGCUGAAGGAGCUGGUGCUUUCUCGCUGGAAGGAGCCGGCGACUUCCCGCGAGGGCACAGUUGUAAGCAAAGCAGAGCCCACGGAGCGUCUACGCAAAUCAGAAUGUAAUACAGAGCCUGAGCCGCGCGCUUGCUCCAGCCUCGGGGCGUCGCGCCUUGACCUCUUGCGAACCACUUCCGGGCCCUCUCUCGAAGAUGCACAGCUCAUUGAGGUCGACGAUGAGAUGCUGGACGCGUCUAUAGCUACCAUCAAUGCUCAGAUCGCAGUCCAGCUUGCCCACAUCAAAUCUCUCGAGCGCGAUCGCGCGCGACUGGUGGAAGCCAAGCAUCGCAAGCAGGCGCUCAGAGUUCCCAUCUUGCGCCUCCCUACAGAGAUUAUUGAGCUCAUCAUCCGCGCCGCCCUCCCGCAUGAUUCGUCGACCGCUGCCAGCACGACACGUGUCCCGCUCUUCCAGUCCUGUCGUCGGAUCCGCGCCGUUGCGCUCGGAAUGUCCGACUUGUGGUGCAGGAUGGUCAUCCCCGCGGGUGACACUGUGCUCAAAGACGGCUUCUACGAGCUGGCACAGCUUUACUUGGACCGCGCCCGGGCCCUGGGAAUACAUAUUGUCGACUCGAAUCAGAUUCCACAAUACCGCCAGGACAUGCGCUUCGACCAAUGGAUGAUCGCGCACUUCGAUCGUUUCCGUACCGCUGCGUGGUCCAUGGACGUCGGCAACCUUCCAUCGACCAGGGUGGCCGCGCCAUGCUUGGUUUCCGCGACGUUCCUCGCCCGUUAUCGCAGAGGCGCUUUUGAUACGACACCAUCCGGCCUUCUGACAAUAGUCGACGCGCCACUAUUGCGCAAAGUCUGUCUGGGUGUCUACGUACCCCCGCUCGCUAUCAACCUCCCUUGGGCGCAGCUAUCGGAGCUCGACCUGUGCAUCUUCAAGUUUCGCCCCGAGUAUCUGCGCGUCUUGGAGUCCUGCACCUCAUUGUCCACGCUCAACAUCUCCAUUGGGUACAAGUUUGCAACACCUCUUUCACCCAACAUCGUGCUGCACGGUCUGCGCACCCUUAAGCUCGAGGAUUUCGCGGCGUUGCUUGCGCCCCGCAUCACUGCCCCAAACUGUCCGACCUAA